GCGAAACUGAUCAACACGCUCGCUGCUCCGUUGCGAACUCCCCUCGCGAGUUGCGAGUGGACCGGUCGGAGCUGUCGGCGGCGCUCGUGCUCGUUCGGUGGGCGUCGGCUGAGCGAAGCGCAUCAGCCGCGGUCGCCGCCCCAUCGGCAAGCAGUCGAAGCACAGCCAGCAAGUAAACAGCGCCCGUCGCGAACUCGUUUGAGGAGACUCAACCCUUCGGAGCAGCAGAAAAAGGAAGAAGCAGCCAAGAUGGGCGAGCGCAAGGGCACCAACAAGUACUACCCGCCCGACUACAACCCUAACAAGGGCGGGCUGAACAAGUUCCUGGGGACGCACGCAUUGCGCGAGCGGGCCAGGAAGAUCCACCUGGGCAUCAUCAUCAUCCGGUUCGAGAUGCCGUACAACAUCUGGUGCGACGGCUGCAACAACCACAUCGGCAUGGGCGUCAGGUACAACGCCGAGAAGACCAAGGUCGGCAUGUACCACAGCACGCCGGUGUACCAGUUCAAGAUGAAGUGCCACCUGUGCGACAACUACAUCCAAAUGAAGACGGACCCUGGAAAUCUGGACUACGAGAUCGUGAGCGGCGCCCGGCGUCAGGAGAACCGCUGGGACCCUUUGCAGAACGAGCAGGUGGUGCCUGAGACGAAAGAGACGUCGCGUCGCAUGGCUGACGACGCCAUGUUCCGCCUUGAGCACCAGGGCAAGGACCAGGGUGCCGCCGACGCCGCGGCACCGCGCCUUCGCCUCCUCAUGGACCGCGCCGAGGAAAAGUGGAAGGACGACUACGGAGCCAACUGCGCCCUCAGGGCCGAAAUGCGGGCUCGCAGGACCGACCUGAAGCGCCGCGGCGCCGACGACGCCGCUCUGCUGGCUCGCAGCGGCGGCCUGCAGCUCGACCUGGCGCCUGAAACCGAGGAGGACCGCCGCCUCGCCCGCCUGCUGACACUGGCACCGCGUGAGACUGGCGCCGAACGCCUCCUGCGCACCGUACGCGCCAUCGAGGCCAAGCCAGCCCUCGAUUCCGCCUUGACCGACACCACCGCCCUCCGCAGGCUCGAGGACAAGGUGGCAGCACACAAGCCCCUGGCGUUGGGCAUCAAGAGGGCUAAGCCGUCCUCCUCUGCCACCGCCUCUUCCUCCUCCUCAUCCACGGCGCUGUCCACGCUCGUAGCCUACGGCUCCUCGGACAGUAGUUCGGACUGAUCCAAUCCAAAGAAAUGUGAUUAAGACUGAAAUGUGUAAGACCUGAAAGCGAUUACUAAAUGCAAUGCUGAAGUUA